AGAGACCAGCGGAGACCUCUGGCUUAAGGCAAGACGAGACGCAGGACGGGAGGAGAGCACUUUGCGCUCCUUCAACAUGGGACUCUGCGCCCUUCUGGCUCCUCUUCUGCUCAUGUGUCUCUCGCAGGCCCACUUGGGGACGGUUUGGGCGCAGGAACCCGCAGGUGGAGUCCACAGCUCAUCUGCGUGGAAAGACGCCAGAGCAGCAGAUCCGCGAAGAUCACGCAGAGACCAGCCGCCGCCCUCUGGGUCAGUGCUGAGCAGAAAUGGCCAGGAGUCCAUGGGGGGUGGAGGUGCAGGAGGACUGAUCAUAGACACGCUGCCUGAUAACAUGACACGUAUCGUGGAGGACUCUCAGAAGUACUACUCCUGGCAGAGCUUUGGACCGGGACACAGGCGUACGGAGGAGCUGUGGGUGACCCUGGGAACUGAGCAGCACAACCUAGUCAGAGUCCACGGCAUCCUGUCCAACACACACCGACAGGCAGCGAGAGUGGCCCUCUCCUUCGACUUCCCCUUCUACGGACACUCUCUGCGGCAAAUCACCAUAGCAACUGGAGGGUUCAUCUUCACCGGCGAGGUGACGCACCGCAUGCUGACAGCCACCCAGUACAUCGCACCGCUCAUGGCCAACUUCGACCCCAGCUUCUCCAAGAACUCCACCGUGCAGUACUCGGACAACGGCGAGAUGUUCGUGGUGCAGUGGGACAAGGUGCGGCUCCAGGGACGAGAAGCCGAGGGGCCUUUCACCUUCCAGGCUGUGCUGCACAGCACCGGAACCAUCGUGUUCAACUACAGAGAUGUGCCUUUAGCAGUGGAGGAGAUCAACUCAGCUGAGCAUCCGGUCAAGGUGGGCUUGUCGGACGCUUUCAUGGCUCUCGUCAACACUCCUCGGAGCCCAGAGGCACGGCGGAGGACAAUCUACGAGUACCAUCGCGUGGAGGUUGACACCACCAAGAUCACCAACCACUCUGCCUUUGAGUUUUCGCCCCUCCCCACCUGUCUCCAGCACAGAAGCUGUGAGCUCUGCCUCUCGUCCACGGUGACGUCCGGCUGCGGAUGGUGCAACAUCCUCCAGAGGUGCUCAGAUGGAAUCGACCGGCACAGACAAGAGUGGCUGGACCACGGCUGCUCAGAGGCCAAAGAGAGCACCUGCGAAGACUACACCCCAGGAGAGUCUGACAGUUCGGCGGGGCCCUUCGGGCCCUUCAGCCCCUCUGUCCCCCAGCCCACGCCCUCCCCCGCGCUCCAACCUGACAUGCCCGUGACGGAAGACCUGCAGACAGGUCCCCCGAGGCAGCAGGGGGCGCCACAGCACACAGGAAUCAUUGCUGGGGUGGUGGCUGCUGUAGUUCUGCUCGUGGCCCUCACACUCUUGGCUCUUUACUACAUCAACACACACCCCACUGUCGCCCCGCCGUUCUACCUCAUGCAGCGACGGACCAACAACUACUGGCCAUCCAUGAAGUUCCGGAACCAAGGCUGUCACAACAGUUACGCCGAGGUCGAGGUUGGGGGUCACGAAAAGGAGGGCUUCAUUGAAGCAGAGCAGUGCUGAGUCCCCUGGAACACGCAGAGGGAGGAGGUCGCGGCCGGAUUGACGGACGGGAGGGGGGGGGGGGGGCUGCAGCGCUGAGCACCACUCGCCUGUGGGGAAGGCGACGUCUCUGAGCAGAACUCUGAGCGGAGGGAGAUAUAUUGUCCGCUUUCUUUCUGUACCUCUGUGUGUGCGUGUGCGUGUGUGUGUGUGCCAGGCCACUACGCCCCUCCCGCGUCCUCCUUGGGAAGCGAACGAACGAGCGAACGACAUGCGGGAAAUCAGGGAAACCGUAGCUUAGGAUGCUCUGCGCGGGACUCUUGAACUGGCCUAACGGGUCAGCCGUCGAUCAUCUCUUGAAGGAGCAAAAGAGCGUGUGAAAGUGCAGUGUGUUUAGCCUCUGUUACUGCAAUUCCUGUACAGCUAUUCUUUUUAUGCUUUGAUUUUGUGUGUGUGUGUGUGCGUGUGUGUGUGCGCGUGUGUCUUCAAGAAAAACAAACCUGUAUUUUGUAAAGUGUCGUGUUGAUCAAUGAUUCAUAUUACUUUUCUUAUAGUAACUCGGACCUAGCUGCAUUAUAAUCGUCGUAUCUCUUUAGAAAGGCAUCAUUUCACGGAUACACACUAACGAAGCUGAUAAAAUUAUCGUCACGUGCAUUUUGUAACAUCACCUAUUGAGCAGAGCCUUUAGCGCCGAGCCAUUUAGCAUCUCGUACUUGUUAGGCACCAGGGUACCCCGGUAAGCGCGCGGAAGAUACAUCAUCGGUGCGCCAAGGUCUGCGUGUCCACGACACGGAAGGAAAACUAAAGGUAUCCGUCGCAAUAUUUCCCAUCGCUUCGGCAUCUUUGGUUCCUCAAACAGCUCCCAUCUCUCGAGAAUAUUUCACUCCAUUCUCACUGGCGCAGAGCAGCAAUUUGCAGUGUACAAAUUCUGUAAAACAGGAGAGGUGAAAAAGCAAAAGGAAUAAAUGAUUCUAUUAUUUCAACCCC